AUGGAAAAACAAGGAGAAAUAGAGAUAGGGAAAACAAAUUAUUUUGAGGUGUCAUUUUCUGCUCUUCGCAAGGACGUUGUCAACGUUCUGGAUUUCAUGGAGAGGUUAAAGAAUGAAAAAGAUCAAAAUGUUGUUAAUGUGUAUCUAAUUGAAAGGCUGAUGAGACUUGAGCUGGCAUUUAUUUGUACCUACGUCCAGCUUUCUUAUUCUGAUUUGGAUCAGUUUGAAGAUAAGAGUGACUGCUUUAAGUCAAGAGUUGAACUUCCUCCUCCUGAAUCUCCAUCAUAUAUCCAAGUAUUCUCGUCUCAGUAUGAGAUUCUUCAGAAUGUGUCUGGCAACAUGAAAGAUUUCCAUGGGCUGAUAGUGAUUGGUUGCAUUGAGCACGACAUUGUUCAAUAUGUCUCGCCUCAGUUUCAACUCAUCGCUGAGAGAGUUGCACUCUUCCUUUGGGAUGUUCGGAUUGAUGGAGACUCUCGUCUCUUCAAGCUACCACAUCUACUCAUGAAGAUUAUUCCAGUUGAACUGGAGGUCAUGCACAUAUGUUUUACAAAUUUGAAAGCUUCACCAUCAGCAGAAGUUGGACGCUUUAGUAAGCAACUCCUUGAAACCUCUCCGGAAGUUCUGAGAGAGUAUCUGAUUCAUCUACAAGAGCACGUGGUAACUGUUAUUACCGCAAGCACUUCAGGGCCUCGAAACAUUCAUGUCAUGAUAGAGUUCCUAUUGAUUAUUCUUACUGAUCUGCCCAAGGAAAUUAUUCAUCAUGACAAAUUAUUUGAUCUUUUGGCACGUGCGGCCGCACUUAUCAGGGAGGUAUCAACUCUCAUUCACGACUUAGAAGAAAAAUCAAGGAACGAAGAGAGUACCAAUGAAACAAGUCGUACAACUCUAGACUUGCUGAAAAAUAUUGAACUCCUCAAGGAAGAUCUCAAAUAUGUUUAUCUGAAAGCCCCGGACUCAUAUCAAUGUUGCUUCCCCAUGCAUCUUCUACUCAUCCACUUGAAUGAUCUGCUAGAUUCCGAUUCUUAUUCAAUUGCUUUGAUAAAGGAAGAAAUUAGACUGGUGAAAGAAGACCUAGAAUUCGUCAGGUUUAUCAAAGAAGAUGUCUCCCAAUUACCGGAGAAGAAUCCCAAGAACAAGAGCCUCAUUGUUGUAAACUCUCCCAAGAAUCCAGUUGAAAGAAAAUCAUUGACAACUGGUAAAAUACUUGGCAAAACUACUUUGGCAUACAAAGUAUACAAUGAUGAACGAGUUUGUAGUCAUUUCGACCUUCGUGCAUGGCUCACAGUCGGCCAAGAAUAUGACGAGAAGAAGUUGUUGAUGAAACUUUUUAAUCAAGUUACUGGGGAUUUGAAGGUCAGAAAGGAUAUUGAUGUUGCUGAUAUACUACGGAAACAUCUGAUUAGAAAGAGGUACCUAAUUGUGUUAGAUGAUGUGUGGGAUACUACUACAUGGGAUGAGUUAACCAGACCUUUUCCUAAAGUUGAGAAAGGAAGUAGAAUUAUAUUGACGACUCGACAAAAGGAAGUGGCUUUACAUGGAAAGUGCUACACUGAUCCUCUUAACCUUCGAUUGCUAAAACCUGAAGAAAGUUGGGAGUUAUUAGAGAAAAGGGCAUUUGGAAAAGAGAGUUGCCCUGACGAACUACUGAAUGUUGGAAAAGAAAUAGCCCAAAAUUGUAAGGGACUUCCUUUGGUGGCUGAUCUGAUUGCUGGAGUCAUUGCAGGGAGGGAAAAGACAAAGUCUGAAGUUGAUGUAAGGAAGGUUAUAGGAUUAAGCUAUGACCAUUUACCUCAUCACCUGAAGCCAUACUUUCUCUGCCUUGCAAGAUAUCCCAAGGACAGUGUAAUGGACAGAGAUGUGCUGAAAGCAAUUUGGCGUGCUGAAGGGCUUGGUGAACAGACAGGGAUAAAGAGUGUGGAAGAAGUGAUGAAGGUUUAUUUGGACAAUUUAAUUUCCAGUAGCUUGGUAAUUGCUUUCAAUGAUAUAGGCAUGUUGAAUCAUUUGAGGUACUUAUACAUUGGGACAGAAGUUAAAUCUCUACCUUCAUCUAUCUCAUUCCUCUGGAAUCUUGAAGUCCUCCGGGCGAAAAACCUAGAAUCAACCUUGGUAUUAUUACCGAGUAUUUGGGAUCUUCUGAAGUUGAGAAUGCUGUCCAUGGUUGCUUGUUCUUUCUAUGAUUUGGAUACAGAUGAACUUGAUAGCAGAGGACUUAAAAGUUUGAGAACUUGA